GGGCUUGGGCCCGCCCUUCCGGGGCGGGGCCGGAAGCGGCUGCCCUCCAGGCGCGGCACUUCCUGCUUCUGAGCGCCGCGUCCGCGCCAUGCCGGCCUACCACUCCACGCUGAUGGACCCGGACACCAAACUGGUGGGCAACAUGGCCCUGCUGCCCAUCCGCAGCCAGUUCAAGGGACCAGCGCCCCGGGAAACAAAGGACACAGAUAUUAUUGAUGAAGCAAUCUACUACUUCAAAGCAAAUGUCUUUUUCAAAAAUUAUGAAAUUAAGAAUGAGGCCGACAGAACCUUGAUCUACAUAACUCUCUACAUUUCCGAGUGCUUGAAAAGGCUGCAGAAGUGCAAUUCCAAAGGCCAAGGAGAAAAGGAAAUGUACACACUGGGAAUCACUAGCUUCCCGAUACCUGGGGAGCCUGGCUUUCCACUCAAUGCCAUCUAUGCCAAACCUGCCAACAAACAAGAGGACGAGGUGAUGAGGGCCUACUUACAGCAGCUGAGACAAGAGACUGGACUUAGGCUUUGUGAAAAGGUGUUUGAUCCCCAAAGCGACAAACCUAGCAAGUGGUGGAUCUGCUUUGUGAAGAGACAGUUCAUGAAUAAGAGCCUGUCAGGUCCAGGACAGUAAAGAAGCAAAGAGGAGCGGCAACAAAGUUAAGCAGUUUACAGCAAGGUGUAAAAAAAUAUUUUGCAUUUGCUUCAUGCAUGUUUUGUACCAAGGAAGAAUAAGUGCUUAUGAGGGAAAGCUGUCAAUCAAUGUGGGGAGGUGGAGCAAAAGGACCCUUGAAUCCUGUAAGUGAACAAUAUUAAGCUGGUGCUUAAUAAACAAUUUCUAACAUACUGUUUCAGAUCAAUGCUGCUUUUAUUAUCAGUUGCCUCAUAUAUAAUGUGUCUUACAUGUGUCCUGCAGUUACUCUGCUGGCUAGAGUCAUUGCCACUUAGGCUGUAUUGUAAAGCAUGGUGAAUUUUACUCCUUUUUCUAAUAAACUUAGCUUAUUUCACAUGA